AUGCAAAGCUACUCAGAGGAGGACAUGCAAAAGAUGCUUAUGUACCAAGAAAUGAAGCAUUAUAACGAAAUUGUAGCUAGCUGCUUUAAAGAAUGUGUAAGAUCUAUGGCUAGUAAGAAAUUGGUGCCACCAGAAGAAACAUGUUUAUACAAUUGCUAUAAGAAAAUUACUCUUUAUAAUGACAGAAUUGUGCUAGCCUUGAAUAAUCUGAGUUUAUCAAAGCAAACAUAA